AUGUUUCGGAAGCUCGAAGGUUUGGAAGAUCCCGAGCAUCCACUGCUGGGCCCCAACCGGCGCGGGCUGCGGCUGGCGGGCAUGCUGCAGGGCGCGGCGGGCGGAGGCGCGGGGCGCGGGGGGCGGGCGGCGCGCGGCGUGCACCUGCUGGCCACGCUGUUCGUACUCAGCCAGUACGCGGAGCUGUGGCUGCUGCGGCGCGACCUCGGCCUGGCGCUGCGCAACCUCUCCAUCACCAUGCUCAGCACCGUGUGCGUGGUCAAGGCCUGGACCUUCGUGGGCUGGCAGCGCGACUGGACCGACAUCCUGGACUCCAUCUCGCGCAAGGAGCGGGAGCAGCGCGCGCGGGGCGGCGGCGGCGGCCGGCUCGUGCACCAGUACAUCCGCUACUCGCGCGUGGUGACUUAUCUCUACUGGGCGCUGGUGGCGCUGACAGUGCUCACGGUGGUGCUGGCGCCGCUGGCCGCCUACCUCUCCUCGCCCGCCUUCCAGGACGAGAUCCGGCGCGGGGACGCCGCCUACCCGGAGAUCAUGAGCUCGUGGGUGCCGUUCGACAAGACACGGCCGCCCGGCUACUGGCUCUACGUGCUGGAGCACGCCGUGAUCUGCGUGUACGGCGGCGGCAUCGUGGCGACUUACGACGCUAAUGCGGUGGCCAUAAUGACGUUUUUCGCGGGCCAGCUGCGGCUGCUGCGCGCCGACUGCGCCGCAAUAUUCGGCGACGACCUGCGCCCCGCCAGCGACCACCAGGCCUUGCAGAACAUCCGCGACUGCCAUCAACAACAUCUGUUCUUGAUCAAAUAUUCCCGCCUGUUCGACUCGCUGCUGUCGCCCGUCAUGUUCCUGUACAUCAUCAUCUGCUCGCUCAUGAUCUGCUGCAGCGCCAUACAACUUACUAAGGCGGGCACGACUCGCAUGGAGCAGGUGUGGAUCACGGAGUACCUGCUGGCGCUCGUGGCGCAGCUGUUCCUGUACUGCUGGCACGGCUCCCGCGCGCUGCACACUAGCAUGGAGGUGGAGGGCGGCGUGUACGGGGCGGCGUGGGGCGGGCGGCGCGCGGCGCUGCGGCGGGCGGCGCUGCUGCUGGGCGGCGCGCUGCGGCGGCGCGUCGCGCUCACCGCCGGGCCCUUCACCACGCUCACCGUGCCCACCUUCGUCGCCAUACUGAAAGGGUCUUACAGCUACUACGCCAUCCUGAGCCAGAACGAGAAGGAGUAGUCCCGCGACGGUAGACGAGCCAGCCUUAACAUGUGCUGAGGUUGUCCCUUUUCGUCACGUUUUAGUGUUUAUGUUGUAGUUAAUCAUUAAAUUGGUUAUUUAUUAAUUGUCUUGUUGUGUCUUUACUAGGUACCAUUAAAUUAGUUUAUUUAUUUCAUUACUUAUAGAUUUGAAUACACCAUCUUA